AUGGCUCCCCUGGUUCCGAGAAUGCAUCUCUUUGAGAUUGAUGAUCAGCCUUGGUUCCCACCAGCAUUGCGUACAUUGUUUCAGGCGGCUCUGACAGUCACCUGGACCCUCCCUCUACCAGUUGUUCAAUCAGACCCUCCAGCAAAGAUCGUUGCCCAGGUGCUGCUUCAGGAACUGGGUCCCGACAUUUCAGACUACAGCUUUGUAGACUUCUGUGCCGGUGCAGGAGGGCCUACACCCUUCAUCGAGAAUGUCAUCAACGCGCAUCUGCGGCAGGGAAAUGCGCGGACCGUGAAUUUCACACUUACAGAUCUUCAUCCCAACAUACAGUACUGGGAGUCUGUUGCUGCCGCCAGCCCGCAUCUCUUCUACGAGAGCAGGUCCGUGGAUGCCACGAAGGCGCCUAGACACCUCGUGAAGCCAGCAGACGGACGGAAAUCAAUGCGACUCUUCAACCUAGCCUUUCAUCACUUCGAUGACUACUUGGCUGCACGGAUUCUCAAGGACACGGUAGGGUCUAGCGAUGGAUUCGCCAUAUUCGAGCUGCAGGAUCGAAGUCUUGCUAGCUUUGUUGCCGUGACGCUGCUCGCCGUCGGCACCUUGGUCCUGGCGCCAUACUACGCAUUGAAAUGGAGGUCGCCUCUCGCUCUGGUUUUCUCUUGGCUGAUUCCAAUCCUGCCGGCGGCUCUGGCCUGGGAUGGCUAUGUAUCAUCUCUACGGACGAGAGAGCCUGAAGAAGUGGAGGCUCUUCUGAGGUCGUGCGGAGCUGAUACAUCCCGGUGGGAGCUGAGAAGUGGUAGUAUUGUUCAUCUCUGGCCUGUGGGAUAUGUCAAUUGGACCAUAUGCAGAAAGGUUUAG